AUGCAGUGCUGGCUGCGCGGCGCAAACUACACGGUCUGCUGCGUCACGGCCGCACCGUUGCAGUGCUCCCGGCGGGCGUACUGCCGUAGUGCUGCGCGGCGCCACCAUGGCUGUGCCAACGCGUUGUUGCCGCUGCUGCGCCGUCCCCGCCGACUUCACGGCCCUCUGUCCCGCCCGGACGUCACCGUGCUGUGCGUGUGGGCGCGACUGGCGAGCAGCAGCGGUGGUAACAGCGGCGGAAAGGACAUCGACGUUGUCGACGCAACGAAGCCCAUCCACAUCCGCGUGGCGGAGCAGAAGGACUCGCAGAUCUUCACGAUGCAGGACUACAUCGAGCGCGAGGAGGCGGAGCAGCGCGCGUCGAAGGCGCUCGGCCAGCGUCUCUCUGAUGCGCGCGACAACCCGGCGUGGAUGCUGUGGGCGCUGCUGUUCCUCUCGCUUGGCGUGCUGACCGUCGUGGUGUCCAUCCGCGUGCGGCGCGAGCAGCUGCGCUUCGACCCCAAGCUGCGUGCCGUGAAGGUGUUCGACAGCCCCGACGGCCCGAGCAUCGGCGGCCCCUUCUCACUCGUCGGCGUUGACGGGCGGCGCUACACCGACGAGGACUUCCGCGGCAAGUGGCUGUACAUCUACUUCGGCUUCACCAACUGCCCUGAUGUGUGCCCGGAGGAAAUGGCGAAGAUGAGCCGCGUCGUGCAGCACCUCGACAAGAAGGUGGGCCGCGACUACUGGCAGCCGCUCUUCAUCUCGCUCGACCCGCACCGUGAUACGCCGGAGAAGAUACGCGAGUACCUCGCCGACUUCAGCCCGCGCAUUCUCGGCCUCGUCGGGACACAGGAGGAGGUCGAGGCGGCGGCACGCGAGUACCGCGUGUACUUCGCCGUCCCUGACGAGGAGGCGAUGAGCGAAGACGACUACCUCGUCGACCACUCCAUCAUCAUGUACCUCAUGGACCCGGAGGGGAAGUUCUGCGACUACACCACAAAGGAGUUCCAGUGGUUCGAGAGCUACAGCAAGCUUCUGCGCCGCAUGAUGGACUACGAGCGCGCCAAGGCGCAGCGGCAGCAGCAGGACGGCGGCGCACUCCAGCCCGGCGAGACGGCGGCAAACAUGAAGGUGGCGAACAUCGCAACCAUGCUGGACAACAGCAGCGCGGCGCCCAGCAGGGAGGAGGUGGAGCGCAACAGACCGCCGCAAAUGGCGACGGUCCGCCGCUGA